UGAACUGCCGAUUCUCCGGAGUGCGGUUAACUUGCCUCUUCGGCCGCAUAACUAUGAGUUGUUGAAUCGCUAACCGCCAUCUCCAGCAACCUAAUCUGCUGUGAUAACCCAUCAAAUAAUGGCGUCUGAGGGAGCCCCUCUUGAGGGCUCUACUUCCGUGGAGCCCUUGCAGCCUGCACGGACGAUUGCGCUGCAAGUAUUGUCGCCUUCGCUGAACCCGCCAAAUCGCAUCACGUUCGAGAGCCUUCCCCUGACCAUCACCGUCGCGGAUCUCAAGUCCCGCAUCGCAGAGCGCAUACCGGAUAGACCUAGCGCUGACAAGCAGAGGCUUAUAUAUCGAGGCAAGCCUCUUUCCGAUGAUCAUGCUGUUUUGCAAGAUAUACUAGAAUCGUCUGAGGCUGCAAUUCAUUCAAUACAUCUUGUCCUUCCCCCGACCGAUAUUAGUUCUGCGACUGCGACUCUUCCCACCGGCCCUAGUUCCACGGUACCAGAACCAUAUAGCGCCUCAAGUCAUGCCAAUCCUUUGCAGUCCCCCACAGCUUAUACGUCUCAAGCUCAGGCGCAACAAGCCCAAGAUAUUCGAUUCCGAGGACCCUUUUCCCCUCCAUCUCCACAACAGGAGUCAGAUAUAGAAGUGGCCCUAAGACGGAACAUUGAGGCCCUGCGCCGACAGAUCGAAUUGCAGGAGCAAAGUAGGUGGCAACCACGACAGCAGAAUCCCCAUGUAGCUACUGCUACAGGACGCUCUUACCAGUUCGCCAACCCGCUUACUACUCAACCAUUCCAUCCGCCACCACAAUAUCCGAAUCUCUUGCAUCGACCGGCCCCAGCCGCAGGAGCAACCACAACACAGUCCUAUGGGGUAAACACCCGGUCCCCACAAGGAACUGCCAAUCCAUCUCUUUCAGCAGCGAACGAAGUCCAAUCACCACAAGCCAAUGGAGCAAUGCAAACAAGGCUUCAGAGGUUGCAGCAACAAGUUACGUACAUGGAAAGCCAGCUGGGUUUAGGGCUGGCGCCGCCCGUUGACCUGAUAGCUAGGACCAGGACCGAGUUGUAUGGCCUGCUAGAUGAUCAGUUCCGGAAUCCUGUCGCUCCCAGAGAUGGCCAUAUUGAAGCAUUGCUUGCCCGCGUGUUGAACAUAUACAUGCGCGCCGAUCGUAUUCGAGUUUCGCAGUCAAGGAGCAAUGAUGUGAAUAUAUCAACAACCCAGAACACGGGCCAGGCUCCGCUUUAUCUGCUUUCAUCACCCGCAGGUCAUCAUUCAUUGGUAGCUUCUCCUGCCGGAGCAGCCACAAUAGAGUCUUGGCUAGCUGCGCGCCGUGUGUCUCAAACGUCCAGGUCAGGACCAUCGGCUGUGCAGGGACAGGCCCGAGGUCGAAGGCCACAGAGAAAUCCGGGCGCAGUCAUGAUGGAGAACGCUGUUCGACAUGCUCUACUGAAUCAACAACGUGCACAGCAAAACCGACAGGCCGCUCUCGCUCGAAAUGCCAGGCGUGCAUGGCUGUUCAUCCGGUUAUACUUCUUUUGCUACCUCUUUAGCGAGUCGGGUACCUGGUCGCGCAUCAUCUUUGUCACCCUUGCUGUUCUGAUCUCUAUUCUUUCGGAGACGAGCCUUCCGCAACAAUUCCAGCAAGCCGUGGUCGCCCCAGUUCAAAGACAUCUAGAAGGCCUAGUUCACGUUGGAGGUGAUGCGCAGAUCCAACCCAUUGUACCCCCACGCCAGGAUGGCGACAAUGCGCCAGUGCAGAGUCAAGGCAUACAGACAGAAGGCGCGCAUGAUGUUACUGCCGCAGGGGCAGAACCUGGAAUAAUCCCACCUGGAGUGCCGCCGGUUGGGAUGCAACAGCGAUUAAGGAGGGUAGAGAGGUAUUUAGCUCUGUUCUUCGCGAGCUUGGUUCCAGGCGUUGGAGAGAGACAGGUUGAGGCGAGCAAUGCAGCCCAAGCUCAGGCUGCAUUGAAUGCGGUACGAGCGCGGGAAGAGGAGCAGAGGCGUCUCGAGAAUGCCGAGGCUGAUGGGACCGGUGGUGAUCCCCAGCCAGAAAACCAACAGCAUCCUCCUGAGUUGGAGGCAAACGAUGCAAGCGAUGAACGUACAAGGAUACCCGUCAAUGAAGGUGACGAAGUGCACUGAGGCAUUAGCGUCUGUACUGCUUUAAACUUUCACAAAACCCAUGUUGGGAUGUCUCUUUUUCUCUUCCUUCGACAUAUUCACUUCGAGGACUCUUUAUCACGAUGCGGCGUUGCUGGGCAGGAAGACAAUUCCUCUGUAUAGGACCUGAUUAUAGCAUGUCUGACUCGUUACUGAACAUGAAAGCUGAUAGUAAUCCUAUCAUAUUAAUGCGGACAUGCUCAAUAGUAAAAGGUUUCUCGCCAUUAAUGCGCCCCAAAGAUAAACAACGCUGUCUUUCGCAGAAGCCUUGUUUCGAUUCUACUUUUUACCAAUAUCUGUAUUUCCUGACUUCAGGUCUGCUUUACUCACAAACAGCCAACACACCGUAAUAAAGAACUUCAAACCCAUUGUCCUUCCUUGACCAGCUCCUGAAAUAGCGCCUAAAC